AUGCGAAACUUUUUCCCAAAUUAUACCGUGUUUGAAUAUGCUGACAACGGCUUCAGGCUUCUGAAGUUUGAUACAGAUGUCUUCUUUUUCCUCCCAGGUCCCGCCAAUGAGCACCUGUACAAGAGAGUGCAGCUGCAUGAAGGGGAGUCUCUGUCUGUGCAAUGCUCCUACAAGAACCGCCGGAACCGCAUGGAGGGCAAAGCUUGGUGCAAGGUUAAGAAGAAGAAGUGCGAGGUCAGCUUCAUCCGGAGCUGGGUGAAGGGGCCCAGCUACUUGAUGCAGGAUGAUGUCAAGGCCAAGGUGGUCCACGUUACUAUGGAGACCCUCAGAGUCCAGGACUCCGGACGAUAUUGGUGUAUGCGUAGCAUGUCUGGGAAUCUCUACCCCUUGAUGGGUUUCCAGCUGGAAGUAUAUCCAGCCCUCACAACUGAGAGAAAUAUUCCUCUCACACAUCUAACCAACACCCUCAAGAGUGGGUUUGUCACAAUGGAUCAAGUUCCUAUUUCCAGAUCGCAUGUUCCUUUCACCUCUGAUAUGACAACUGUGAUCACCUCUGGACUUCUCACCUUGGCCUCAGGGACCACCGCAACAACCCCUGUGUCAAGUUACCAUUUCACCGACACCAGUGGUACCGUCACAGAGCCCAGGAGGAGCACAGAGUCCCAACCAGUGACCGUGUCUCCUAGCAGCACAAGACCCUUUUCUGCGGAUCCAGUGACCACCUCCACCAGGUCCAGACACCUGAUCAGCAGCCUGUCCACCACAGGGAUGUGCCACCAGUUAACCCCCAACAGGUCUCAGGAGACUUACCUCACUGCGACUGUGGUGGUGUUAACAUUCCUUCCAGCACCCAUGGUGUUGUUUGUGGUCUAUGGGUUUUGGAAGAAGAGGCACAUGGGAAGAUAUACCUUGGGCAGCAACUCUGCUAAGCCCUGGAUGCACCUUCCUGAAGGACCAGAGACCCUGUGGAAGCCUGCUUGGUCUAAGAUAACUGAGCUCCUGCGCACAGGACACGGAGCUACUUCAAACAACGGAGGGCAAGACUGUUUCCGUGAAAUGCCAAUAUGAUCCCAGCCAACGCUUCAGGGAGAAGAUCUGGUGUCGGAAAACAUCAGAAGGGACUUGUAAAAUCUUAUGGUCCAGUGUCAGCACAGGUGCCACGAGGCGACCACACACCAUCCGGGACAAUCCUGCGUCCUACUUCUUCACUGUC